AUGUCCCCCCGCAAUUUGAAACUGAACUCUGGCUACGAAAUCCCCAUUGUGGGCUUUGGAACCUAUGCUGCCACCGAUGAUGAAGGCUAUAAGGCUGUACUCGAGGCUUUGAAGGUGGGCUACCGCCAUAUCGACACUGCGUUUAUUUACGGCAACGAAAAAGAAGUCGGCCAAGCAAUUAAAGAUUCGGGCGUUCCUCGCGAACAGCUUUUCAUCACCACAAAGGUUUGGCCCACUGAUGCUCGCAAUCCGGCAAAGUCUCUCGAGCGCUCGCUCGAGUUGCUCAAGCUCGAGUAUGUCGAUCUCUUACUCAUGCAUUGGCCUUACCCUCUCAAGCAGGAUCCAGAGAACUCAGGUUCGUUUUCAGGUUCCGGAAUUGAUGAAGAUUGGGAUUUUGUUAAAACAUGGCAGCUGUUCCAGCAGCUUCCAAAGUCUCAGGUGCGCACGAUUGGUGUCUCAAACUUCACAAUUAAAAACCUGGAGAAACUGUUGGCAGACCCCACAAUGAAAACUGUUCCCGCUGUGAAUCAAUUCGAGCUCCACCCAUGGUACCCCUGCUCAGAGCUGGUUAAAUACUGCCAGGAUAAGGGCCUUGUUGUGGAGGCUUAUUCUCCGGUGGCCCGUGGCAAAGGAACCGGUAACAGUAUUGUUGAGUCGAUUGCCAAGAAGCAUAAUGCUCAACCGGGCCAAAUCGUCCUCAGCUGGAACGUUAAGCGCAAUGUGGUGGUUGUUCCGAAGUCCGCCACCCCUGCCCGAAUUGCCGCGAACUUUGAAAUUGUUGACCUCGAUGACGCGGACAUGGCCAAGCUCGAGGAAUUGGGCAAAUCCCAAGAGCGGAUAGUUAACACAGUCCGGAUCUAUGGCCGAGACAUUUUCCAAGACUAG